AUGGAAGAAGCAUCAACAGCCCAAUCCCGAACCCCGGCCACCCCCACAACAGCUGCCGCCAUGAGCGCCGCCGACCAAGAGCAAAUGGCCAUGGUGAUGGCCUUUUAUAAUGAGACUGUUAAUUUUGAAAAGAAGAUUGGAAUCAUAAUCCCUACCAUCUUUGCAUUAAUUAUACUAAUCGGGGUCGUUGGCAAUGUGCUGGUGGUCGUGGUGGCGUUGCAUCGGCAGAUGAGGAAUAGUACUAAUACGCUGAUUAUUGGGCUCGCGAUCUCCGACUUAAUGUUCCUGCUCCUCUGCAUUCCCUUCACAGCAAUCGAUUACGCGAUGCCAAUCUGGGUAUUCCCCGAGUGGACCUGCUCAAUGAUCAAUUAUUUUCAACAUAUCUCCGCCUACUUUUCCGUUUGGACCCUGACUUUAAUGGCGCUCGACCGGUUCUUGGCUGUGUGUUUUCCAGUGGAUUCUAUGACCUUGCGGAGUACGAGGAAUACUGUGAUUGUCAUGAUGAUCGUAUAUGCUAUAAUAUUUGUUUCUCAAAUCCCAAUCGGGCUGAUGCAUGGCAUCUUCUACUAUGAGUUUAUAGUCGAAAAUCGAUCCACUUGCGCUAUCGUAAGUAUCGCUGACAAUUCGGCGACUGUCGCUCAGGCCCGAGGGUAUUUCCUAACCUUCAACCUCUUCGGCUACAUGUUGCCACUCGGGAUUACCUGCGUUCUCUACUAUUUUAUGCUGAGCAGGUUAUGGCGAACACCAAGGCCGGGGACGUGUAAUAGUAUCAACAGCUCAAUCCGGAGCCGACCGGAAACUGUAAAAGCCAAGCGGAAAGUGACGCGAUUAGUAUUGUGCGUGGUGAUCAUUUGGGCAGUUUGCUGGUUACCGCUUAAUGUGUGCUUCUUCUUUUCAGGAAUGGCCUACCCAGACACCUUGGUACUUCGAGGUGGCAAAAUCAUGGUGGUCGUGCAGAUAGCCAGUCAAGUGCUGGCAUACACAAAUUCUUGUCUGAACCCGAUACUCUACGCCUUAAUGUCAGACAACUUUAGGAAAGGCUUUGUCCGAGUCCUCAGCAUCCUCUGCAAGAAGGUGUCCUGUGGACUGUGCUGUACGAGUGAGCCAAAGUCGAUGAGCAGGAUGGAGAUAACAAAUUUCCACACGACACAGACGACGGGUAGUCUUCGGCCUUCGAGGAAUGCGGUUGCGGGAUCGCAGGUGAACCCAUCCGAACUCUGCAGCCUCCUCUACGAAGAACAGCAGAACCAGAUGGCGGGCCACUCCCAGCGACUGCACUCCUUUCUGGAGAUGCAUGACAUCAGCAGGACUCGAUCAGCAAUCAGCCUGAAUUUAAAUCUCAACUUGUCUAAUGUUCGCAAUGUG